ACUACCUGCCGCCCGGCCACAACUGGAGUGGGGAAGCGGGUGCGCGGGCGCGAGGGCGGCGGGCACCAUGCAGGGAGGCUGCCAGGGGCCGUGGGCAGCGCGGCUCACUGCCGCCCACCUGGCGUGGUGAGACGCGCGCUGCCACCAUGUUCCCCAGCCCUGCCCUCGCACCCACGCCGUUUUCGGUCAAAGACAUCCUGAACCUGGAGCAGCAGCGCGGCCUGGCCUCCGGGGAGCUCUCGGCGCGCCUGGAGGCCACCCUGGCGCCCGCCUCCUGCAUGCUGGCCGCCUUCAAGCCCGAGGCCUACGCGGGGCCCGAGGCCUCCGUGCCCGGCCUCCCGGAGCUGCGCACCGAGUUGGGCCCCGCGCCCUCGCCCGCCAAGUGCGCGCCUGCCUUCUCCGCCGCCCCCGCCUUCUACCCGCGUGCAUACGGCGACCCGGACCCUGCCAAGGACCUUCGAUCGGAUAAAAAAGAGCUGUGCGCGCUGCAGAAGGCCGUGGAGCUGGAGAAGCCGGAGGCUGACAGCGCGGAGCGACCCCGCGCGCGGCGGCGGAGGAAGCCGCGCGUGCUCUUCUCGCAGGCGCAGGUCUACGAGCUGGAGCGGCGCUUCAAGCAGCAGCGGUACCUGUCGGCCCCCGAGCGCGACCAGCUGGCCAGCGUGCUGAAGCUCACGUCCACACAGGUCAAGAUCUGGUUCCAGAACCGGCGCUACAAGUGCAAGCGGCAGCGGCAGGACCAGACUCUGGAGCUGGUGGGGCUGCCCCCGCCGCCGCCGCCGCCGCCCGCGCGCAGGAUCGCGGUGCCGGUGCUGGUGCGCGACGGCAAGCCCUGCCUGGGGGACUCGGCGCCCUACGCGCCCGCCUACGGCGUGGGCCUCAACGCCUACGGCUACAACGCCUACCCCGCCUACCCGGGCUACGGCGGCGCGGCCUGCAGCCCCGGCUACAGCUGCGCCGCUGCUUACCCCGCCGGGCCGCCCCCGGCGCAGUCGGCUACGGCCGCGGCCAACAACAACUUCGUGAACUUCGGCGUCGGGGACUUGAACGCGGUGCAGAGCCCCGGGAUUCCGCAGGGCAACUCGGGAGUGUCCACGCUGCACGGUAUCCGAGCCUGGUAGGGAAGGGACCUGCCUGGGGCGCUCGGGACGGAUCCCACCUCCAUCGAAGGGCACCGAUCCUCGGGGGGAGGGAGGGCGGGCUCCGGACUCGUUCCUGCGGCCCUCGGGGUUCCCGUUCACUCUCGCGGAGGCCUUGGGGCUUUCCCCGCCCCGCGGGCCUUUGUCCCUACGCGGGAGAGAGUUGGUAGCCGAGUUUGCAACUUGCGGUGAACCGUCCCGCACCCUGGUGCCUUUCCCUCGGCCGCGGCGCGCACCCCGAGCGCCCACGGGCAACCCCAGCGGGCCGAACCCUGGCCAGUUAGGACUGGGAGCCCGGGCGCGCCGGGCCUGAGCUCGGGCCGCCUUUCUGCAGCCUGGGCCCGGCGCCCGGGCACGUGCUGCCCUGCCGCCGCCCGCCCACCCAC